AAACUGAACAUUUGUGAGCUGUUUAGUGUUAAAUAAAAAUAACAGUUAACAAUAAUAUUUAAAACUGAAAACAUCUUAUUCUCGGCAUAUUAAUUUCUUUUAAUUGCCGUAUGUAAUUAUAAGAAUCUCUCACUAUGGUAUCUGCAAAAUGUUUGCGAUUUGUCGGUGUUGAUUUUAUGUGUUUAGUAAUUCGCCGUAUUUUUUAAGGUUCAUAUUUAUAAUAAUAUGCAAAUAACCUAAAAGCAAUAUUGUCCAUGUAAUGUUAUUGUUAUGGGCAUUAUUUAUGUAGUACUAAUACUGUAAAUAAAACUUUUUGAAAAGAUGGAUUCAUCUUCAUCAGAAGCUAGCAAUGCAAGUAAUAAUGAUGAUAUAAACAUUUCAUCUAAUGGUAGCAAAAAUCAAAUUCAAUCUCUUGAUGCAACAGUUAAGCCUUUGACUCCAAUAGAAAAUUUUAGUGAAAAGAAAACCUAUUGUGUUAGCCCAGGUGAAGAUAUAGAGUUAAGAUGGUAUGAUUGCGAUGAUAAUGAUGAGCAGAGUAUAGAGAAGAACUUAGCUGAUGAAAUGGAACUACUGAAAGAUUCUGAUGAUGAAACUAUUUCUAAGAAGGAAAGUCAGCAUAAAUUAACCGUACAGGACAGUAAAAUGCUUAGUGACAAUUCAGUAGCACUAGAGGAUCCUGACAGUGAUAACUUAAAUAGCAUUGAAAUAGUAGAACCAGAAUUACUAAAAGAUAAACCUAAUUUAGCUACUAUUGAUGAUAACUCUGUUUCAGUGAAUACAGCAGUAAUAAAAAAAACUCUUAAAGAUCCCAAUGUUAUGUUGGAAAUACCCACAUACAUAGAUAUUAGUAACAGUGAUUGUCAAUUGAAUGAUACAUUUAAUAUUAUGGAUUACAAAAAUGAUGACCAUUUAGUAAAAAAUAAAAAAACUGAUAAUGUUAAUAUAAUUGAAGAAGACCAAUCUAAAUCUAGUUUUGCAAGCCACAUAUUAAAAUCUCUUAAAAAUGAAGAAACAAUUGUUGAUAUUGAGGCUGAUAAAAUGAAAAAAAUACUGUCCAAUAUAGAAGAUGAUCUUUUGAAAUCCCCUGAAAAUGAAGAGAACUUACUCGAUGAUGAACCAAUAUUAAUUGAUUCCGAGGAUCCAGAACCUGAAAUUAUUAAUAUUAUAGAAGAUGAUGAUAUUUUAGAGCCAACUCCAAACAUAUCCAAUACUAUGUCUGUUCUAUCGCACAAUGAUGAUUUGCAAGAUACCCUGAAAAGAUUUACAACAGAUUUGAAUGAUCCCAAUAGAAUGUCUCCUCAGAAAUGUGAUGCAUCAGAUGACAGACCUAUUUCAGAUACUGAAGACCUUGAUCAGUCUGAUUAUAGUGUCUUUUCUGAUAUAGAUGUAAUUCUGCCAACAGACCCAGAAAAUGUGUCCACAAAUGAAGAUACUGAUUUAUUGUUAGGAAAUAUUGACUUGCCAUCUGAUAAAUACAUAGAAAAUGAGUGCAUUCUUUCAACAAGUGACAUUGGCCAUACAAUAGAUGAGUGUAUGACAACUGUAGCUGAAAGCAAUAAUCAAUCAACCGUAUCAUGUCACAAUAAAGACUCAACUUUAAACCAAAAUCCUGGAGAUAAUUUAAAAGCAGUGCAAGAUAAUAUACAAAUAUCAAGCCAGAAUGUGAAAGAUCCAUUGUUGUCUGAAGAAAUUAAAAAUAUUGAUGAAUUUCAGCCACUAACAUCAAAAGAAAUUAGAAAUGAUGCAAUUUUAUACACCUGUAAAGAAACUAUAGAUAACUGCCUGGACCAAGAAAAUAUUUCUUCUUCAUCAAAAGAUCUAAUACAUCAAGAUGAUAAAAUUUCAAGCACAUCAAUGGACUCUGGGGAAGAGAAUUCAAAGUCACAAACUGAGAUCCCAUUAGAAAAUACUAAAGUCGAUAAUGACAGUACAACUAUUCUAAAAGAUCUUAGGAAAGAACACCCUGAAUCAGACCAUACCAAAAAAGAAGAAACCAUGAAACCAGAUGAUGACAUUCUAAACAAACCUAAGGAUCUCAAAGAUGCAGCUUUAAAAUUGGAUAAUGCUAAUCCAUCCACAUCUAAGAAUCUCAAUAUGACAAAUGAUGCUAUUCUAUCCACAUCUAAGAAAGCAAGCCAGAAACUAGAUACAAUUCAACCCAUUGAAGACCAAAUACAGAAACUUCAAGAAAACAAAGACCCUAUUCCUUCUACCUCAAAAACUGAUGAAGAUGCAGAAGACACAUCAGACAGUCUUGGACUGUUGGCUGAAUCUUCUCGGAUGAUGGAAGACGAUGAGGAUCAAGAAGAGGACGAAGAGGGUGAUAAUGGGGAUGAUGACGAAGAAUUUGAUCCAGAAUAUGAAAGCAGUAACCAAAUGACAGUUGAACAGUCGGAGGAUUCAAGCACCCGUCAAUCAGAAUUAGAUGGCAAAGAAUCCAAAGAGGAUGACAAAAUUGCUGAGAGGCCGUUUGAGUUUAGUGCGCAGAAGGAUGAUCAGCAAGAAGAAAGUACUAAUGAGGCUAACGAAAACAAAGAUGCAGAUGAAGUGACAGUCGAAGCACAGGAUUCAAUUGACAUAGAAUCAAAAAUCUCUGACACUUCUGAUGACGAAAAUAAGUGUAAAGAUUUGCCAGAGGAAAAAACCGAAAAAUCUCCCAGCGCUGUCGACGCAAAUGUUGUUGAAUUAGAUUCCGAAGAUGAUGUUCAAGAGACAAAAGACGAUUCGGAUGUGACGUCAGUGAACCUCCCGGCCGGGAUAGAUGUCAUUGCGUCUCACUCUAGCAUAGCGAAUACUGACAUACGAGUGAAAGAGGGGGAGAUAGUCAUAAGCGGUAUACCGAAACCGGCGGCUGUUAAAGUUGCGCGACUGAAUACAGCAGAGGUGUCUAUAAAAACGACCAAACUCCCACCACUCGAAGUAUUUAAUUUGGAUUCCGACGAGGACAUGGAGGUCGAUAAAGAAGUUGCCGAAGAUAAAUCGGAAGUAACAGACGCUAAAUUGAAAAGUAUGAAAUGUGUCAACGAAGCGUGUCCACACCUUACGAACGUAUUUUAUGUGGCGGACAGCAGUGCGUUGUCGUUUUACAACGCAAAGAAGUGUCGAUAUGUGUGCGAGAUAUGUGCGGAGGCUGUUGUAAGAAGAAAUGAGAGACUUAUUGAGGGUAUUCGUAAUUUCGAAAAUCUUGUCCUCUUAGAUUUGGGCAAAGAUAUAAAGGAUUCAAUAGAAGUCCUGGAUUCAGACUCUGAUGAUGAUGUGGAUCCCGCGGAUUUAGCCAAAGAGGUUGUGGGAGAGAAAGGGGCCAAGUUACUGGAAGAACAAUUAGCUAAUAUAUUUAACGAGCAAUGGGAUAAAUACAAGAUGGAGACCAGAUUAUUGGAAAGUGUUGAUAGUUUGAAGACGGAAAUGGAGGAGCUUGAGAGACAAAGCAAAGAAGUAGACGAAAUGUUGAAGGAAUGUCAAAAAUCGACGGACAAUCUUCGUAACGAGUUAUAUACUACAUUCAAACCUGACAUAAAGCAAUUACCACCGAUUACUAUAUCUGAUAUGAAUCAGGUUACGUGCUAUGAAACACAUAUUAUGGAGACGCGUCUCUCGAAACGGCGUUUGGCGUCAAGUGCCGAGACACCCGCUAAACGUAAGGCGGAUUGUGAGAAAACUAACAAUGAUUGUACAGGUGUUUUCGGUGACAAAGGUGACGAUGAUAACACGGACAUAACAGUAGUACAAUUGUCUACGGAGAACGCACCGCCGGAUCUGCCACCUGUCGGCGAACUAGAACGGCCACAUUUACGACCCGGAAUGCCGAUAUAUGCCAUGAGGAAUAUGUUUGGGACAUGGGGCAAAGCGCAUAUCGUUGAAGUCAUUGGGGCAUCGAAUUCGCCAUUUUCCAUGUGUCGUAUCAAAUUCGACAAAUCCCAGAAGAACAUGUAUAAGACUCUCAGCGCACGAAAUCUGGCUUAUUGCGAACCAGCCAAUGCGAGGAUGACUAUUGGUACACGCGUCAUAGCGCUGUUCCAAGGUUCUGCUGAGGUUGGAAAAGAGAGCAAGCUGCGUGAGAAGUUCUAUUCUGGUAUUGUGGCUGAGGUCCCUAAUCCUGUUAAUAGCUUCAGAUAUUUAAUAUUCUUCGACGAUGGCUACGCGCAAUACGCGACUCAUGUGGACACACGUCUCGUCUGCGAAUAUUCCACUCAAGUGUGGGAGGAAGUUCAUCCAUUUUCGCGACUCUUUGUGAAGGAGUACCUCUUCAAUUACCCCCAAAGGCCCAUGGUCAGAUUGAAGGCCAACGAGACAAUUAAGACCGAGUGGAAGGACAAAUGGUGGCCAUCGAAGGUUGUCAAAGUAGAUGCGUCACUAGUUCUAGUACAGUUCCUAAUGGGUGAAUCGAAGGCUAGGCUGGAGUGGAUUUAUCGUGGAUCCACGAGACUCGAACCCCUAUACCGCGAGAUUCAGGCCGCGGGUAGACAGCGGCAGAGAGCUAUGCCACGUCCGCAAGCUGUUUCGAGGCCAAAUAUGCCGAUUGUGGAGUACAUGCGCUCAGAUGAACAAAAGUCGACGGAGUUGCAGAAUAUCAAAGAUAUAAAUAAUGAGGAACUCCGUCGCCAACGCGCAGUAGCGAAGAAAUCGACAGCCACGCCCACGCCCGCACCAGUGUCGAACCCCACACCCACACAGUUAGACAGCUUCUAUAGUCGAGUCGUGUACUAUACUCCAAAAAAAGCAGUGCGUCCAUACAAAAUAACCGCAAAUCAUGUUUGUGGACCGAAUUGUAAGAGAAAGGAUGUCUUGUCGUUGAAGGAUCUUCUCACGUACAAUCCUCUCGCAAAACCACUGCUCAGUGGUUGGGAAAGGCAAAUAGUCCGGUCAAAACACGACAAACGCGUAAUGUAUAGUGCGCCUUGCGGUCGUCGUAUACGUAACAUGGAGGAACUGUUGCGUUACCUGCAAACGAUCAAAUCCGAUAUGGGCGUGGAUCUGUUCGACUUUGGACCUAACACGCACUGUUUGGCCGAAUACGUCAUUAAUAAGUACGUCGUUUCUAAGAAGGAUCUAGCGAAUGGCAAAGAGAACGUACCGGUGCCAUGUGUGAAUUUCUACGAUGGUUCGCUGCCAGAAUUCUGUGCGUAUAGCACGGAGAGGACGCCGACAGCGGGUGUACCACUUAACUUGGACCCGGAGUUUCUAUGUGGGUGUGACUGUGAAGAUGAUUGUGAGGACAAAACGAAAUGUGCCUGCUGGAAAUUGACGCUAGAGGGCGCUAAAACUAUCGGAAUAGAGGGAGAAGAUGUUGGAUAUGACUACAAACGCCUGCCUGAACCAUUGCGAACAGGCAUUUACGAGUGCAACUCUAGAUGCAAAUGUAAAUCUACAUGUUUAAAUCGAGUCGUUCAACACCCAUUACAAUUGAAAUUACAGGUGUUUAAAACUCCGAAUCGAGGCUGGGGCAUUCGGGCUUUAAAUGACGUUCCCAAGGGUUGCUUUAUUUGUAUUUACGUUGGAAAUCUACUUACAGACGCUACUGCCAACCUGGACGGUUUAAACGAGGGCGACGAAUACUUGGCCGAGUUGGACUACAUAGAAGUCGUGGAACAGACAAAGGAAGGCUACGAAGAAGAUAUCCCGGAAGCCAUCAAGGCUCUGGAUAAGAAAGAGGGUAAUAAAACAUCAGAAGAGAGUGAGAGUGAAGAGGAGGAAGAAGAAGAAGAGGAAGCAAAGAGUCAGAGCGAGGAUGAAGAGUUCAAACCUGUUGGCUACUCACCUACUGAGGCCAUACAUUUCAAUAAGCGUUUAAGAAAACGAAAGAUGGAAGAAGAAAAUAAAUCAAUCAAGCGCGAAGUGCAACAGGAUGAGACGGAAAAAGAAGGAAAUGGCGAAGAUGGAUGUAUCACAAUUAGUGAUGAUGAGGAAGUUCGUGAGCCGUCCAGCUUCACAGCUGCAGCUGGGAUGGGUCAGGGCGAUUUUGUUUCUAGGCAUAGAUCUGUUCGUAAAUUAUUCGGCGAGGACGAGGCGUGUUACAUCAUGGACGCUAAGGUGCAAGGCAACAUUGGACGAUAUCUUAACCACUCAUGCUGCCCAAACGUAUUCGUACAAAACGUGUUCGUGGACACACACGAUCCGCGUUUUCCGUGGGUCGCGUUCUUCGCGAGCUCGCACAUAAAGGCCGGCCAAGAGCUGACCUGGAACUACAACUAUGACAUCGGUUCGGUACCCGGGAAAGUUCUGUACUGCUAUUGCGGGGAGACAAAUUGUAGGGGACGACUAUUGUAGUUGUAUUAUCUGCCUUCACUGCCAAUAUUUUUAAUCUUCAUAUUUUUGUUUGUGACGUCAUAAUUAGUUAGUGAAUAUUUUCCUAUCAUAAUAAUUGUCAUAGCUUUUGUACCACUUUUUUACUUAGACUGGAUGUAAUGUAGCACAUUGUUCAUUCAAUAGACAUAGACAUAGACAAUACUAGUUAUUUACUUAUUAAUUGCGUAGUUAAUAAUUUACCUAACCCACUUGCUUGAGAAAUACCACUACAAAGUUACGUUAAGAAUAAUUUAAAAAAAAUAUAGAGUCCCAUAAUCGCAGUAUAGAAUUUUUUGAAGAAAACGUUUGCAACGAUAAUAACAUCUUUAGAAUAUAAUGUUGUUUUGACAUCUUUUCAGCCACGAUGGCCGCUUGUUUUAGUUGAUUUAUUUUACUUACGUUUAUCACCUUAUAACAUUAAAAGCGAACAAAAUCUAUAGUAGUUCUCUUAGUUUGAUUUUGAAUCAAUUGUAAAUAUUCGAGUAUAGGUUAGAGAUCAAUAGUUUUAAUCUUUUUUUAUGUAUAAUCUGUAGUUGCUGGGUGACAUAAGUCGAAAGACAGAAUACAUUUUUUUAUAACACACUAGUUUCCUUAAAUUAAUACAUUAUUGUCAAUUUAUUCAAAUACAUAGUAUUUUGUGUUCAGAUUAGAAUUUCCAAUGUUCAUUAAAAAUUAAUGUUGCAUUAAUCUACAUGUAGGAAUGUUUAAUGUAAACUUUAAAAAAAAUUUGUUGGAUUUGACAGGCCAUUAAAAAUAUCGCACUAUAGAAAAUACCCUUACUGAAAAUAUAAUAAAAAUGGUUUAAGUAUUUGUAUCAGAAGAUACAUUCUAAGUUCAAGAUAAUUCUGGUAAAUUGGAUAGGGUCUGACCAUGUCAUUUAUCAAAAGUCAAUCGGUGUAGUGUUUUCUAGGUUAGGUUAGAAAUCACAUCUUAUUAGUUAAUCAUUGGUUUGUAAUUGUUACAUUGUGAUAAUUAAAUAAAUAGUUUAAUUAUAAUUGGAAAUUGUAAUGUUAUUGUAAGCAGCUGAAUUGUGAAUAUGAAUAAAAAGUAUAGACUGA